CAGGAGUCACUGUUGGUGGGAGUAUAUCCUGACCACCACCACCAUCACCACUACCACCGCUCCAGCAGUCUCUUUCCCCGCUCCAACACACACACACACACACACACACACGCCAUCUCCACCACACACCACCAGUCUUCACCUCACCAGAAAGCGAGAACGUUGACCAGUCUCACAGCUAAGAGCCCAACGUGUGUUACAUCUCAACUCCUAGAAAAUGUUGACGUUGUUGAAGAGACGUAGUGACUUGUGUACAGAAAAUGUGGUGUUGUAGUGUGUUGAGUGUAUAGUGAGGACUGCCACCCACGCUGGACUUACUGUUCCAGUAUCAGUGACCUGCUUCAAGCAUCACCCAGAAUACACCACCUCCUUGGAAGGUGGUAAAGAAUCAUUACAUCUUCGUGGGACAUCUUCACCAUGACCAGACUUCAGGUGUUGUGGGCGUGGGUGGUGGUGGUGAUGGGCGUGGCAGCCAAACCCAUCGUUGAUCCUGGACUGUUCGUAAUCCAGGGAGUGCGGACCUGCAUCAACGGCACAGGUUACUGCCUGCUAGGUAACAACUGUUCCCUGGAUGUGGACUUCCUGCCUGAUGAGACAGGUGGACACUGCUACGGUCUCAGGGAUGCCUUCACGCCCAACAUUGACUUCGUCUGCUGCAGGUACAACCCACUGGGGAAGGCCACCAGUAAGCUACCCACCACUACCCUCUCCUCCUUCACCAUCACUGACGUAUUCUCCCUCGUUGAUGAUGAGGCUGUCCUCCAGCAACAGCAGGAUGAGAUAGACUAUGACAACUUGAACCCAGAGAACCUUAUUGACAUCGUGGGUGUGGUUACUGACCUCACGGGUAUCUUGGGUCUGGUGACACGCCCAUGGACGGGUACCCUGCCCACACGUGCCCCCACGCCCACCACCACAACCCACGCCCACGGUACAGACACACACACUCAGACGGAACAACCAGAUAAUGAUCAGGUGAGCACAGCGACGGACAGCUACCACGAGCUGCCUUCAGAACUGCAGGAACCGUCCGUAAUGGAUCAGGAUGGCAGCCACAUCACCGUAGCAGACGCCACCACCAUCACGCACACUACAUCACAGCUGCCCACCGUCACCACUCAGUCCACCACAGCAUCACAGAUGCCCACCCUCACAACAUCAUCACAGAUGCCCACCCUCACAACAUCAUCACAGAUGCCCACCCUCACCACACAGUUGCCACCACCUCCCACCCACAAUCACCCUGACAAUAUGAAUGUCAUCUUUCUUCCUCAUUUUCCCUUCCUGGACAAACUUUCCGUUGGAGGGAAGACAACAGCUGCAGAAAACGUGACGGAAGCGCUGACGGAGUUGGUACUUUCAGACGGGACACCACGGCCUCCUUCCUUGGACAUCACCGACGACAUGAACGCCAUAGUUUUCCCUCAGGAGUCUUUCAAGAACGACUCUACUGUUGUGGGAGAGACACAAGCCUUGGAGGAAGUAGCAGAGAUAAUGGUACCAGCUGGGGACUCAGAAACAGACGAGGGAGGGGACACCACACAGGUGACGGAGUCAAAAGAUGGGGAGUCCACACCGUCGGUGUCACAGGCACAUGAUGCAGGCCAAAUAAUUGAUGAUAGUGUGGGGGAAACAGCGAGUGAGAGUGAGGGAAAGGUGCCUGAGGUGGUGGGUGUGGGCGGGGAGGUGCUUGAAGUGGUGGGUGUGGGCGAGGACAUGCCUGACGUGGUAGGUGGGGAGGGUGCAGUUGUGAGUGAUGAUGCAGAGUACGACUAUUACAGUCACUUCCCGGAUCACCAUUUGUUACAACCAGUCAACCAAAACAUCUGUGGCUUCAAGGGACUCAGAAACUACGUGAGUAAUACUUUAAUUCCAACUAAUACAUUUUAUUCUAUAUCAUUUACCACUUUUGAAGUUCUAUAUCAUUUACCACUUAGUGGGUACUCACCCUACUACCUCACCUCCGGCGGCGCUCAUGCUAAUGAUAUAGGUGUGGUACGGCUACAGGGGCAGGCUACACUGAGUGACAACGUGUGUCUGGUGUGUAUGGCACAGCAGGAUGCAGUCUUCCCCUCUCACACCUGCACAGUCACUGGCUACGGUGUAGGUCACAUCCCACUCAACAUGAUUACAGUAUCCAGACUAAAAGACAAGAACUGUCUACAACAAGAAGUUAAAAUAGCAGCUUAUCAGACAAGAGAAGUUGAACUCCUUCCUUACAUCAGCCAAGAUGAGGAACUUGUACACUACAAUAACAUCCCUGGUCAUCUUCGAAUGAGACUUAAUUACCCACCAGGAGAUUGGUGGCUGUUUUUAGACACCUCCAUCAGAAGCUUGAAAUGUGUCUUACUGCACAAUGGUAACCAAUAUGCAGCUGCUCACUCAACUGUGCUGAUGACCAACACAGAAGAAAAUCGUACAACGUUUUCAUACGCAGUAAUUAGUGGUAUCUGA